CAGGGGGGUGUAGGCAAGGGCAGGGGAGUGGGCGAAGCUGCUGGUUGGUGCCUGAAAUCUGUGCGUUGCCCCUUUAAUUGUGUCCCCAGCCCUCGGGCGUUUCUGUCCAACGCCCACGUCAGCAAAUACCUUUUGUUUCUCUCACGUUGGGGCUACUUGUUUUAGGGCGCAAAGGAACGGCUUCGAAAGGGGGUAUUUCCCCUGCCGAGAACCGGGAAUCUUACCCCGGCCCGCGCACGCGACCCGCCGGUGCGCCUCGGCCCGCGGACAAUCCUUCAUACACAGACUUGGAAUCUUCCCUUUUUUUACUCCAUUCAAUCAACUUAGCAGGGUUUCAAGAGCAGCAUUUAUAAAUUUCCAGAAUGGAGAUCUCCUCUCAUCAGUCUCACCUCCUGCAACAACUGAAUGAGCAGCGCAGGCAGGAUGUAUUUUGUGACUGCAGUAUUCUGGUUGAAGGAAAGGUCUUUAAAGCCCAUCGAAAUGUAUUAUUUGCUAGUAGCGGCUACUUUAAAAUGCUUCUUUCCCAGAACUCCAAGGAGACAAGUCAGCCAACCACAGCGACAUUUCAGGCUUUCUCCCCUGAUACUUUUACAGUUAUCCUGGACUUUGUCUAUUCCGGCAAGCUCUCUCUCACAGGUCAGAAUGUCAUAGAAGUGAUGUCCGCUGCUAGCUUCCUUCAAAUGACUGAUGUCAUUAGUGUAUGUAAGACCUUUAUUAAAUCUUCAUUAGACAUUAGUGAAAAAGAAAAGGAUCGCUAUUUCAGCCUUUCGGAUAAAAAUGCCAGUUCUGAUGGUAUAGAACGCUCCUCUUUUUAUAGUGGCGGCUGGCAAGAUGAAAGCAGUUCUCCACAUUCUCACCUAAGCCCAGAUCAAGGAACAGGUAUAAGUGGGAAAUCUUGGAGUAAGUAUAAUUACCAUCCAGCCUCCCAAAGGAAUACUCAACAGCCUCUGGCCAAACAUGAACAAAGGAAAGAUUCCAUUAAAAAAUCCAAACAUUUGAGGUUGUCACAGCCUUCUGAAAUGGCUCAUUAUAAGUCAAGCAAACGAGAAGCACGAACAUCUGAUUCUUCCAGCCACAUUUCGCAAUCUGAAGAACAGGCACAAAUGGAUGCGGAAAUGGACUCUCCUCCUGUUGGCUAUCAGUAUGGUCAAGGAUCUGAUGUCACAUCAAGAAGUUUUCCAGAUGACCUGCCCAGGAUGAGGUUCAAGUGCCCGUACUGCACACAUGUGGUGAAGCGGAAGGCAGACCUCAAGCGCCACCUUCGUUGUCACACAGGAGAAAGGCCCUAUCCCUGUCAAGCUUGUGGGAAAAGAUUUAGCCGGCUAGACCAUCUAAGUAGCCAUUUUCGAACAAUUCACCAGGCAUGCAAACUCAUCUGCAGAAAAUGCAAACGCCAUGUGACUGAUCUAACAGGUCAAGUGGUACAGGAAGGAACGAGGCGCUACAGACUCUGUAAUGAGUGCCUUGCUGAAGUUGGCAUAGACAGCCUCCCCAUUGAUUUGGAAGCUGAACAGCAUCUUAUGUCCCCAUCAGAUGGAGAUAAGGAUUCCAGAUGGCACUUGGGCGAAGAUGAGAAUAGAUCAUAUGUGGAGAUUGUAGAGGAUGGGUCUGCUGAUCUGGUCAUACAACAGGUUGAUGAUAGUGAAGAAGAAGAAGAAAAGGAGAUAAAGCCCAACAUCAGGUAGCUGGGAGGUGAACCAACAGAUCUGGCAUGUCUGCAACUUACACUGACUUCCCAUAACUCUCUCUUUCCAUGGUCAGAGUCUGGUUAACAAAUUAUCAGACUGACUUGAAAGUAAUGACCUGAUAUCAUUUGCAUGCUUUCUGAACAGGCCAUUGUAUCCAUUCUGAACUUUGUUGCCCUAAAAUCUGUUGCUGCACUGGGAAGAAAGACCUAGCUUGAGUUGGCAUGAUGGAUGAACAAUUAAUCCUCUUACUUUUAUUACAGAGAUACCUUUUUUUUUUAAUAUUGGAAGAUCUACUUAGUGAACUUUUUUCAAAGAAAAUAUUUUAAAUAAAUUCACCACAACCAAACUGUAUAUAUGAUAAUUUCAAGGUGUUUCAAAAACAUAUAAACUACCACUAUUUAAUUUUCACAGGGAACCAGGUAAGAGCACAUUUAAGGGUCUGGCACCCUACCUGACUAAACUAAUUAGUCUAUUACCUUCAGACCAAAAAUAACCUAUCAUUAUUCCAGUAUCCUAAAUGUUUUAGAAUUAUGGCAGAAAACAAACCUAAACUGUUUGAAAUCGUUCAUAUUUGAAACUUUUGUCAUUAAGUUAAAAAUUACUCUUAUGUAGUCAGUGUUUAAAAAGAACAAAGUCUAAAAUAGAAGGUGACCAGAGAUUAUAUACAGACAUCAUUUUCUUAAAGCAGGAAACUAAUACUGUCAAGGUAGUUUUUUGAGGAUCUGUCUAUAUAGCUCUCUUCCUCUCUAGAGAAGAAAAGAAAACUGGAGGUUCUUACCAGUUCUUAAGAUUAAUUUCCUCCAUUUAUAUACUACUAUAUUACUUAUAAAGUGCUCUUUCACACAUCUCCCCACCUAAUCAGCAAGGUAAAUGGUAUUAUCUCUGAUUUACAAAUGAGGAAAUUAAGGUCAGAAGGUUUAAGUGGUGGGACUGGUGACUGGACAGGUUUUGAUUUUAAACAGUCCUCUUUCAACCGUCUCUCCCUGGAUAGUCCCCUGAAAUGGUAAAGAAGUGAAGUCAAACCUCACCAAUCUGCAAUUAUAAAAAGAAGCCUAUGAGAAUUAGAAAGUAUGAAAGAAGAGGAAUUUAAUCAUCUUCAACAACUUAUAAUAUCUUGAACUAGUUAUUCAAGUAGUGCUAAGUAAUGUCCCUAUAGUACCU